UUUAACUAGAAAAUCCAAUCCCACCCAAAAAAAAUAUAUAUUUAGUGAACCACUCACUUGAGCACACAGACUGUUAAAGGAAAAUUCAUACAUGGCACAAGCAAUGGCAUCGAUGGCUGGUCUACGUGGAACAUCCCAGGCUGUCCUUGAAGGUAGCCUCCAGCUAAGUGGUUCAAACAGGUUGUUGAAUGUGCCUAGCAACACCACUCGUGUGGCGGCGGCACGCCCUGGACUUGCUGUUAGAGCUCAGCAACAAGUGUCUGGUGAGCUUGAAACUAGCCGUAGGGCCAUGUUGGGUCUUGUUGCUGCUGGUUUGGCUUCUGGUUCUUUUGUUCAAGUUGUUCUUGCUGAUGCUCUUCCUAUCAAACUUGGCCCUCCUCCCCCUCCUUCUGGUGGACUCCCUGGGACAUUGAACUCUGAUGAAGCAAGAGACUUUGAUCUGCCACUGAAACAGAGGUUUUUCUUGCAACCACUCCCCCCAUCUGAGGCGGCAGUAAGGGCUAAGGAGUCAGCUAAGGACAUUCUUGGUGUGAAAACUUUGAUAGACCAGAAGGCUUGGCCUUAUGUCCAAAAUGACCUUCGUCUUAAGGCAGGAUAUCUUCGUUUUGACCUCAACACUGUUAUCUCUGCUAAGUCCAAGGACGAGAAGAAAUCCCUCAAGGAACUCACUGGAAAGCUCUUUGAUACCAUCAGCAAUCUGGACUAUGCAGCAAAGAUUAAGAGCACUCCUGAAGCUGAGAAGUACUAUGCUCAGACUGUAUCUAAUGAUGUUCUUGCUAAGCUUGGUUAAGAGAAACUCAUGUAAUUUGAUCUAAGCUUUGUGAAUUACUUUAUGAGACACUUCAUUUGGAUGUUCUUUGAAGGGAAUCUAGCUGUGAAAAAGAAUAAUCAUUGCCUUACUAUUCUGUU